GAAAAACGCCCAGAUCUGUUUUGUUUGUUUGAUCGUUUAACGAAAAUAAAAAUAAUAAAGAAGGAAAGCGUCCAUUGAAAUCUUGUUCUUUUCGCAGUCUCUCUGGUACUUAAAAGGGAAUUCAAAUUCCAAAGAGAAAAGUGCGAGAAAUUUCAUAUAUUUAUCUACACAGCAAAAAGAAGAGAAAAAAGGGAAUUCAAAUUCCAAAAGAGAAGAAAAAAAUCGAUGGAUUUGGAUCAGUGGAUAGCAAAGGUUAAAGAAGGCCAGCAUCUUUCGGAAGACGAGCUUCAGCUUCUUUGCGAAUACGUAAAAGAAAUUCUCAUUGAGGAGUCGAAUGUGCAACCUGUCAACAGUCCGGUAACCGUCUGUGGUGAUAUCCAUGGCCAGUUUCAUGAUCUGAUGAAACUCUUUCAGACAGGAGGUCAAGUGCCAGAAACAAAUUACAUUUUUAUGGGAGAUUUUGUUGAUCGAGGUUAUAAUAGUCUUGAAGUUUUCACUAUUCUUUUGCUUCUUAAGGCAAGGCACCCAGCUAAUAUCACUCUCUUGCGGGGGAAUCAUGAGAGUAGACAAUUAACUCAGGUUUAUGGUUUCUAUGAUGAGUGCCAGAGGAAGUAUGGAAAUGCUAAUGCAUGGCGGUAUUGUACAGAUGUUUUUGAUUAUCUUACACUUUCAGCAAUUAUAAAUGGGACUGUACUCUGUGUACAUGGUGGUCUUUCUCCUGAUAUACGAUCAGUUGAUCAGAUGAGGGUAAUUGAGCGGAACUCUGAGAUUCCUCACGAAGGCCCAUUCUGUGAUCUCAUGUGGAGUGAUCCUGAAGAUAUUGAAACAUGGGCAGUCAGUCCACGCGGAGCAGGUUGGCUAUUUGGGUCCAGGGUCACAUCGGAGUUCAACCACAUAAAUAAUCUCGAUCUUGUUUGUCGAGCUCACCAACUCGUGCAAGAAGGCCUUAAGUAUAUGUUUGAAGAUAAAGGCCUUGUAACUGUGUGGUCUGCACCAAAUUAUUGUUACCGUUGUGGGAAUGUAGCUUCUAUAUUGAGCUUCAACGAGAAUAUGGAGAGAAAAGUGAAGUAUUUCACUGAAACAGAAGAGAAUAAUCAGAUGAGAGGGCCGAGGACCGGAGUCCCGUAUUUCUUGUAAUCGAAAAGAAAUACAUACUGCAGUACUUGUAAUAUUAUCCAAGCAUUUGAUUAUUGAAAGGUGUCAAAGGAGGAAGCCUUGAAAUACAUAAAAUGUUUUGCAGAUGGGACCUGCCCUGGAAAUUGUCUGGUCCAAGCCCUGCUUUAACCUCGAAAUGUUCCUCUUCGACCUUCGACUUCGUCUUUUCCUUCAUUUUUCGCAUUCGGUUUUUUUUUUUUGUUAAUAGAUGCUGCUACUACUUUAUGCUUAGCUAAUGUGUGUGUUUUUGAAAUGUUGGGGAUGUGUAUUUGUUUCAUUUAUGUAUAUUGCUUCUCAUCUCUAGUGCUAAAA